AUGUCAGAAUAAAGCUAAAAUCAGUAUCAUCAUUUAAUUGAUGAUUAGUGUCAAUUAAUACCUGGCUUGACAAACUUUAUUAGAUAGAGCGGAUUAGGCCAAUCUCAUAACAGUUAUAAUAUUGUUUCAAUUAUAGGUUCAUAAAAUUCUGGUAAAUCAACUUUGUUGAAUAGAGUUUUUGGAACAAAUUUCCAAAUGCUCUCCGGAUCAAGCAGAACAUAAACUACUAAAGGUAUUUGGGUUUCUAGAGAUAAGGAAUAAAACAUCUUAAUUCUUGAUGUUGAAGGUUCAAACAGUCGUCAAAGAGGAAAGGCUGAGAAGGGCUCUGAGUUCUAUGAAAGAUCAACAGCUCUUUUUGCAUUAGCUUUCUCUUAAAUUCUUAUUAUAAACUGCAAUUCAUUGAAUUUAGGACACGAAUCAGAAUAUAGCAUCAUAAAAAUUAUUAUGGAAAUGAACAUAAGACUUUUUAGAUCAGAUUAAGUGAAGCAAAUGCUCAUCAUUAUUAGAGAUUUUAAUGAUGAGGUUGAUAACUUUAAAGAAGUCACAGAAUCCAUUAGAAAUGAAAUAUAUGGAAUUUGGGGUGAAAUUCAAAAACCUCCUGAGUUUGCCAAUGUCCAACCUGAAUAAAUCUUUAAAAUCGAUUUCUUCACAUCUUCUCACUUCUAAUAUUAAAGACAAAAAUUUGAAUCAGAUAUGGUUUAAUUAAGAGACAGAUUUAUUAAUCCUGGUAACCCUUUCAAUCUCUUUAAGGGUUAUAACUAUAAUACAAACAUCCCUAUUGAAGCUUUGGAAGAUUUGGCAACUACCCUUUGGGACACAAUUCAGAAAAAUGAAGAUCUUAACUUACCUAACUAAAAGCUUUAAGCAUCACAAGUUAGAUGUUUAAAAAUAAAGGAUUAAGCAAUCGAUUUGAUAAAUUAAGAUUUAUAAAAAUUAAAGUAAGAUGCUGAAAGCAAUUAUUUAACUAAUUUCAAUGAAAGAGCAUAGAACAUAGUCACUCGUAGUCUCCAUCACUAUGACACUGAAUCAUAAUAUUAUGUAGAAAAAAUAAAACUUGAAAUGAGAAAAGUACUAAAUGAUGAAUUAAAAACUGCUUUAUAUCCUAUUUUUAAUUAAUAAAUUACCUCUCUUCAGUAAAAUAUUAAAAAUGAACUCAAAAAUAAUUUAGAUGCUCUUGAUUCUAGAAACACUUCAUUUAUUAAGUAUAUGGAUGAUUUAAGCUUCAUUAGGUAGUAGAUUAAGCAAGUUAUCCUUUAAGGAUUACAUUAAUCCCUUCCAUUUAAUGAGUAUAAGGUUGAUUGGGAGAUAACAAAGAUUGAUAGCCAACUCUCUAAGGUUCUUGAAGAAAUUAUUAACAAUGCAAGAGAAAUAUAAUUUGUUAAAUAUAUCAAUUCUUAAGAAAAGACUAUUAAAAAUAGCAUCGAUAAUUUGAUAAGCAAUUGCUUUGAUACUUUAGACUUAGAAUUCUGGACAACUAUAAGAUCAGGUUUUAAUCAAAUCUUAAAAGAAAAUGAAACUAGAAUCAGAGAUUAGAUCUCUUAAUUCUUUGAUCAUAGCAGAGUUGACAAGGAAAUGAACAAUAUUAUUCAUUAAUCCCAUUAAUUCCUUUAGGAUGAUAUCUAAAAGAAAAUAAGAGAGCUUUCAUAUUAUCUAUUGAAAAGAUUCAAGAGAACCUUCUUAAAGGAUGAAAAAGGUUUAACCAGAAAAUGGAAGGAAUUAGAAGAACCAGUUAUUUAGCAAUUAUUCUUAGACUCUAGAAAGAGCAUAGAAGAUAUUCUUUAGGAAUUCACAAGAUUUAAAGUCAGUCCACCUUAAUCUCAUUAAUUCAGCGCUCGUAUGAGCAAUAUGUUCUCUUCUGAAAUUGUUGGAAGAGCAUAAAUGAAUGAUGAAGUGCGUUAAGCUAAGUAAAGCUUAGAUUUCUCAAGUGAAGAUUUCUCUGUUUUGUUAGAUACUUCUUAAAUUAAUAAAAUUAAGUAAUAAUUCAUAGAUGAAUCAGAAGAAGAAUACAAUCAAGUUCUUAGAUAAAGAAAUACAUCUUUCAAUACUAAUGUACCUAAGUGGAUGUGGGUAGUUUUGGUAUUUUUCAUGUAUGAUGAUGUCCUUAGAUGGAUGGCUAACCCUUUGUUAUUAUAUCCAAUUAUUUUACUUGGAUCCUUUAUUGGUCUUUGUGUUGCUACAGGUUACUAAUCUAUUCCUAAAGUCCUUUUCUAAUAAAUAUUUGGAUAGCUUACUACUUUAUUAGGUCCACUUUUACUAAAAAUAAAGUGA